AUGAGCUGGCAAACAGUCGAGAACCAAUAUUUCAGAGAUAUGAAAUUUUUCGGGCAGCUAGCCGGUGUGUGGCCAUGUCAGGAAAGAUUUGCUAAAUUGUCUGUGCUACUUUUUUCAUUCCUUGUGGUGACUCUUUCAUUUCUAAGCAUGAUGUCGCGGAUAAUAGUAUUUUACAGUACGGACGUGCUAUUCCAAGGGUUGGUGUAUAUGGAUACAGCUAUAAGCGUUUUAUUUAAACAAUAUCAUUACGUCCUGAAUGCGAAGAAGAUAGAGGAACUUUUAAGUGAAAUCGUGGUCGACCGCCUAACGAAAUAUCCGAAGGAAGAACUGGAGAUUUUGGAUUCGUACUUCAACAAGGCCUCUUUCAUCGCCUCCUCUUAUAGAGGCAUCAUAUGUUGUACUGGAUUGUCAUACAUCUUUCUACCGGCAAUACCUCCUAUUCUGAAUAUCAUAAAACCACUGAAUGAGUCACGAGGCCACGUAUUAGUCUAUCCGGCUUAUUAUUUUGUUGAUGAAGAGCGAUAUUAUUAUCCCAUAAUAACACAUAUGACACUAGCAAUAAUAGUAUUAGACAUUGUGUAUAUCGCCUGUGACAUCAAUUUGAUUUAUUUCGUACACCAUGCAUGCUCUUUGUUGAGUAUCAGCGGGUACCGUUUCAAACACGCGUUCGAUGGAGUGAGCUUAUGUGACGGAAGGGACAAUAACCUAUUGCAGGAAGUUCACGCGAAAGUGUACAGAGCCAUCGCGGGACACCAAAGAGCUGUCGAGUUAGUAUCG